AUGCACAGACAUUCUAAUAUAUGGAAUUUUCUUCAGAAACUGACUGUUCUUGAAAACCAGUAUUUUGUUGAAUUUGACCAAGCCAGAAGGAACCUCAGUAUUAGAGAUAGUGCAUCAAGAAGGGAACGAGAGAACACUACCACUGUCUUAGCAAGCCAUGUGAAACAACUCAACCAAGAUGAGGACCUCACAGGAUUUUUGAGAAGAGCUGGAUACCACAAUGAUGAUAAUAACACGUGA